AUGGAUCCUGCUUGGACCUAUUUUAAAAAACUUGGACAUGUUUUAGGUUUUAAGCAAAAAAGACAACAAGCUCGUACUCAUAAUAAAAGUUGUCCAAACAUGACACCAGAACAAAAAAAAAUAUGCUUUCAACAAACAAAAUCUAAAAAGUUUACUAAAUCUAAAACAGUUAAUUUACCAACAAAAACCUCAACAAAUAUAGAAAGUUUUGGUGAUCGUAUUUCAAAAAUAGAAUUAAAUAAUUAUGAAGUAGAAUCGGCUAAAAGUCUUGAUGAAUCUUUUAAUAGCACAGAUGAAAUUGAAGAUUGUUAUAAUAUAGAAACAUUUUCAGAUUCUAAUGAUGAAAAUUAUACUAGUACUGAUGAAGAUGGUGAUUUUAUUGUUCUAGAAUCAGAAAGUGAAGACGAAGGAGAUAGAAGUGAUGAAGAAAAUAGAGUAGAAAGCAAUGAGGAAGAUAAAAGUAAUGAACAAAAUAGAAGUGACGAAGAAAGUAAAAAAGAGAGAAAUAGAGAUUAUGAAGAAAGCAUUAAUUCAUCAUUAAAAAUCACCGAAAUAGAAAAUGUCAAUAGAACUGAGCUAAAUGUGGCCAAACCUUCUGAGAUGGAUGAUCCUUAUAGAAUAUUUGUGAUGAUGUCAGACAUUGUUAUAGAAAUGGAGGAGCCAAAAAGUUAUAAAUGUAAAGCAUUCAAACCUGCUGAAAUUGGUGAUCCUUCAUUCUU